UUAAGAGCCGCAUGUGCUCUGGUCUGGAGCGCAGUUUACUUGAGUUUAGAGUGCCGUCAGGUUGUGGCCGUUGCCGUUCGGAAUCGAAAUCGAGAUCGGAAUCGGAACGAGCAGCCGCCAGCGAUAAACCCGUCGUCGCUGAAGACAAAUUCACCUGCUUUAAUGUGGCAACAACAACAACAACAACAACAACAGCAGCAGCAAUAACAACGAGUGAGCCGCCAGUGAAGCAGGCUGAGCGCCAGCUGUGGGUGUGGAGCGGCUGCUAGACACAGCCGUCAAUGCGGCGGCGACGUCGACUUCGAUGCCGCUGUCAAUGACGCGUAGCCGAAUCAAAUUCGCCUAACUUAGCCAAAACAAAAUUGGACUCAAUCAAAAGUGUACAACAACAAUAACAACAUCCUUACAACUCAAGCGUCAAACCGCUAGAACAAUUGCAACAUGACCGUCUCGUAUGCGGGCGAAGUGCCCAAUGGCAGCAACUUUGGCUGCUUCUGGAAAAUCCUAUGGAAAUGGCGCGGCAGCGUUUACAAAUUAGUGUGGCGUGAAUUAAUCGCCUAUUUGUGUUUAUACUAUACAAUAAAUGUCAUUUACCGAUUCGCACUCACUCCCGGCCAGCAAACAAUCUUCAACAAGAUUCGCCAGUACUUUGCGCAACAGGGCGAGAACAUACCCAUGUCGUUCGUGCUGGGCUUCUACGUGAAUCUGGUUGUCAAGCGCUGGUGGGAGCAGUAUCGCCUGCUGCCCUGGCCCGAUACGCUGGCCCUGUUCAUCAGCGCCGCCAUACCCAAUUCCGCGGGAGUCGUUAAUAAUGAAACGGGUCGCCUAAUGCGUCGCAAUAUUAUGCGAUAUAUGGUCCUGGCCUAUGUCAUUACACUGCAGCGCAUCUCGCUGCGCGUUAAGCGCCGCUUUCCUACCACACAGCACCUGGUCGAUGCGGGCCUGAUGCACGAAUCUGAGAUGAAGAUAUUCGAGGCGAUGAAUCAGAAGAGUCCCAUGUCCAAGUACUGGAUGCCCUUGGUCUGGGCCACAAACAUCAUCAACCGAGCGCGCAAAGAAGGACUCAUUGCCUCGGAUCACAUAGUGCAGACCAUACUCGUCGAGCUGUCCGAUAUCAGACGACGCCUGGGUGGUCUGAUUGGCUAUGACACGGUCUGCGUGCCGCUGGUCUAUACACAGGUGGUUACCCUGGUGCUCUACACGUACUUCAUAGCCGCCCUUCUGGGUCGCCAAAUGCUGCCAAAUGUUGUGGACCGUAAUGGCAGGGAGGAUCCCGAUUUGUUCUUUCCAUUUUUUACGGUUUUGCAGUUCGUUUUCUUUGUGGGCUGGCUUAAAGUUGCCGAAGUGCUAAUCAAUCCCUUUGGCGAAGACGACGAUGAUAUCGAGUUAAAUUGGCUAAUCGAUAGACACAUUAAGGCCGCCUACAUGAUUGUGGAUGAGAUGCACGAGGAGCAUCCGGAACUGCUGCGAGAUCAGUAUUGGGAGUGUGUGGUGCCCAAAGAAUUGCCCUACACCGUGGCCUCAGAGCACUAUCGACGCGACGAGCCGAAAGGCUCGGCGGAGAAUUACAAGGUGAAGAAGGAGGAUGCCAUGUAUGCCAACAUAAUACCUGGCGGUGGCAAACGCAUGCUCAGCGAUGAUGUGUAUGCGGAUUAUGAGAGCGUGGACACGCCCAUGGUGGAGCGGCGCAAGAACAAUUGGCUGGUGCGUCAGCUGUCGCGCAUGGGCUCCAUGCGCAGCCAGUCCACGGCCUACUCCUCGGGCGGCAUGCCUUUUACGCGCAACCGCUUGAACUCUGUUUACUCUAGUCCUGAAUCUGGCAUGCCAUUGUCAAUCCUGCAGCAACAGCAACUCCAGCAGCAGCAGCAGAACCAGCAGCAACAGCCGCCUGGGACCAAACCAAGCCUCUACGAAAAGUUUGUGCAUCGCAAGUCGCUGCGAGCGCACCGCCAGCUAAUCAAGCAAAAUUCCAAGCUAAAUGGACUUAAUAUUAAUGUGGCCAAGACACGGCCACGCAUACCCACGCCGGAGGUGACCAAGGAUGGUAGCACCAACACGGCCACCAGUGCUGUUAUAAUGGCACCACAACAGCUGAGCACCCAAAGCACUAGCGGCAUGUAUCCGUCGUACAGCACCACAGCCAGCGGCACCAAUUUGCACCAGGACAGCGGCCAGGUGCUGGGCACACUGCUGCUGUCGCCCAUCAAAGAAAUGGAUAGCUCAUCAUCCAAUAAUACUCUGAUUCCAGGGCAUCCAGCCACAGCAGCGCUUGCCCAAGCCGUCAUGCCGACCAGAUUGACGGAUGGCUAUACUGCAAGCUCAAUGCCAACGGAAACCAAUAUAACCACACUCUCGUUUCCGUUCACCGUGACCACCAGCGCCGGCGAGUCGAUGCCAACGGGCACGUUGAGCAUUGUGCCGCUGAACGCAAAUGCGCAGUUACCCACAAUAACGACCACCGCGAGUGGAUUUGAUCCCAACGAUGUGAUCACCACGAUACCCGUUUCCCUUUCCAUACAACGCACGCCCUCGAACCUAUCCAUCGUAGAGCUAGGCGGACUCGGCGACAGUGUAGAUGCCCACAACAGCAGCGGCUCCAGCAACGGCAGCGGUGGCAUCACCACAACGGCUUUGCUGUCAGUGAAGUCGCUAAAUGGAACUGCCAAUAUUUCGCGCAACAACAGUUUCAAUCUAAGCCUGAAUCUGCAGGAUCCGAACUUCCAACGCUCCUCGGUGCGUUCGGCAGGUCCAACGGAUUCAAUAGAUGGCGCAUCAGCAAUACCUCCGCCUCGGGGCAUGGAUGCAGCCGGAAUGGUGGGCGGCACAGCGAGUGCCUCCUCAGCGCCAUCAACGCUGGCCAAGCACAAGCCAGAGCCCAAAACGGGCGAGGUCUAUGUGUGAGCAUCGAGUAUAUUGUUAUGGAUAAAUAGCUUUCUAGGAAUCGUUUAUAGCCGCAUUGUUUGGCUAGUUAGGCCGUAAGCAGCUGAUCCGCUUAGAUGCGGAUUUUUCUUGAACAGAGUUAAACAUAGUUAUACUUAGGAUUAAAUAUUUUGGCGUAACGCCACCCAGAACCAUUUCUACGAUAUUAUGUUAGCUUCAGUUAUGAAAAGUUGUUCGAAAACUUUAAGAGAUCAGUAAGCGAAAUGUCGCAUAGUCUUUAGAGUUGAUUUAAGCUUAAAGUAACUGUUAAAGAAUGUGCUUGAGAUACAUUAUAAAGAACGCAUACAACUUUCACCAUAUUGUAUAGAUCGUGUUUAACAAGAGUAACACAUAUCACUCUUUAGAUAUAACUUCCCAAAAGCGACUUCACUUAACGCACAUUAUGGAUUCCUAUGUAUAUCUAUUUCUCGUCCCUCAGCUGUACGGACCUCGUUAUGAAACGAUGUUCGUGUAUAUAUAAAUGUUACCUUAUAAUAACUGCAAUUUCUUAUAAUUUCUUUGGCACUUGCCAUAUUAGAAUAGAUACACAACUACUUUUAUGCAUGAUAACAACUACUUUUAUUAAAAAUCCCUAUCGUGUAGGCAGUGUAAAUAUAAACCAACACAAUAUGUGAUAUGCGAUUUUUAUCAAAUUACGUUUUUAAGUCUUAUAGUCUUAUAUAUAAACUAUAAAACAAUUCUGCAAUGUAUCUAUAUAAAUAAUUAAACAUAUAGGUCAACUAUUAAACUGUCAACUAUAUAAACUGUAAAUAAGUUGAUGUACCAUCAGCUAUGUUUUAUAAAUAAAAAUCUAGAUCCAAUAAAACUACGUAAUAUUAAA